UCCAAGGGGUGCCUUGAGUUUACCGAGAUUGAGAACUGCCGCGUUAAUACAUUCGGCAGGGGUAGACUGCGUGAAGGUGUACUCAGAGACCUCGAGAGGCAGAGUCGCAAACAAGAGAACAUUCGCCUUUUAGAAGAUCAGAUUAUUUUGACCAAGCAUCUGGAAGCAGAAAGAGACAGGCAGGCUGUGGACAGAGGACCCCAGCAAUCCUAGAUGUAGAACGGGAGUAUUAG